UGCAUCUCCACAUUGAGCUUUUGACCGAAAAGGUGAAAUCAGUUGGUGAGAAUGACUGCCAUCAACAGUUGUUUGCGGACCUACUCUAUGAUGAAAACUAUCCGCAGUAUAAAGAAAAUGCAUGUUAUGUACACCUUUACCAGGUGUGUUUCCACUGAAAGGAAGCAACCAUACUACAAUCUCGACGUACUGCAUGCACCUGUCUUUGCGGAUAGAAAAGAAUUAAUUCAUCAUAUCCAAAAAAGUGUGCUUUAUGAUGAUGAAAACAUAUUGGCAUUGAAUAAACCUAAUGGAGUUCCUAUGAAAGCUGUUCAUGAUGAAGGUGUGCCCUCAAUGUUUGAUAUUUUGGAAGAUUUGAGGGAAUGUUAUGAUGCUCCGGAACUUGAAUAUAUGCUAGGAUUGUCAAGAAACCAGAGUGGAAUAAUACUAUUGGUCAAGCAUGCCCUGGCAAAAGUGAAGUUAAAGAAGUCACUACAAGGUCAAAGGUCACAUGGAGAAAUUAAUCAUGAAUUCAUAUGUGUUUGUUUGGGUGAACCAAAAUUUAAGCCUGAGGUUGAGAAAAUUCGCUACCUGCGGAAAGAAAUAAAUGGGCGCCAACAGGCUGUCCUGGUGCCACACUUCCACAAGUCCAUGAAGAAAGCACCACUAUCAAGUUUCAACAUUCAAUCAGAGGUGUUAGCCACGAGUCCAUUGGAAUCAUCUCCAAAGGUUUCUCUUGUUGGGAUUACUUGUGACAGCGGUAAAAAGGAGUGUUUGGAAAUGUAUAUGGCUGACCAUUUGAGUCCGAUCCUUGGAGAUCAUGUGUAUUCUCAUCGUGUUGUAGAAGUUGCAGGCGAGCAAGUCAAACAAGACUCAGCUGCAGCUAUCAGAAGUCCACAGAUUAUUCCAUCUGAGGUCAAGCGGACUCUUAAGAUAGGAAAACAUACACACUUUGUUCCCUUACAUCUCCAUAAAAGUGGCUUGAUCUUGCACAGAUUUCCUCAUAAAAAGUCAGAACCCUUCAUGAUCGAGUCACAGCUUCCAGGAUUUUUUGUGGAUACCAUGGAGAAAUUACAACUUCUACCUAAUGAUGAAAAUAUUGAUGCAUACGAAGAGGAUGAAAUCACAGACAUAGACUGAAAAAAAGAAUUCUAAAUAAAGGAACAGAUCCGGAGUUACAUUUAGAUCUGAAAUUUAUUCAUAAACAAGUUUUUUUUUAAAUGUGAUAAUAUUCUGAAUA